AAAUACCCCACACCCUCUUGUUACUGAACUACUGGAAUUAACACCGUACACUCAUUUAGUACUUUUGUGUUAUCAUAAUUUCCUAGUGAAAAUGGAGGCAAACCGAAAGCGUAGCAGAGGGUUCUUGAAAGGAAAAUUGGCACCUUUCUAUAAGGGACCAAAGCCUUCAUCAACUGUGCAUUAUACAACUACCAAUGUGAAGCCAAAUCAUUCUUCUCCUUCCCCUGCAUCAGUGGGAUUUGUGGUGCACCAUGACUAUGCAAUUGCACAGUCAAAUCCUAAGGUUUCGAUUGUUGUAGCAGACAAAAGGGGUGACUUGAUGAGCCAUUUGGAAGAGUUAUAUGGCGUGCCUGCUGAUGAAAGCGUGGACACCAAAGCUGGAAUUUAUAUAUCUAUGGUUCAAGAACGUUUAAUGCUUGAGCGAGUAAACACAGAACCGAAGAAGUUGCAAGAGAAGUGAUCAACCGUGUUGUUUUAGCUAAUAACGUGAUUAUAGCUGCAGGGGCUACCAUUCAAUAAAUAGUUCCAUAAUUUGUGUCAUAUUGAAACUCUUUGUGUAGAGAAUUAUGCCAUGCUGUUGUCUCUAAAUAUUAAAUGCUAUUAGUAUGUUUGGAUUAUAUUUUAACAUGGUUGACAAAAUCAUGGUUGUAGUGUUUGAACAUGUUGUGGUUGUGGGUUUCAAUUCAAUUUGAGUAGAAGUUGAAAAAAAAAAGUUGCUUUUCCGUUAAUCUAAACAUGAAGUUAUCAUUUUCUUGGUUGUAAGUUCUCCCAACACAGUGCUGAUAGAAAGAAGAUAGCUAGUGG